UCCAUGGUCUCUGCCGAAGUUUCCUCAAAAUCUCCCUUUUGUAGGGAAUUUUUCGAGUCGAUGGCUAUCGAAGAACGAGUUUCACUUUCGGAAUCGCCUCCGAUGUUUCGGAGACUCGAACGGCGACUGACAGUGUGUGACCGAAGUCAGGGUCAACUAGUCUCCCACUACCAUCGUACAAGAAGCUUCCUCAAGCAAUUACUUAGGAACUGGAUGCGAGCUUUGCACUCUUCUUAUACCACACGAGUGCUCCCUCCCCUCGGCGACCCCCCAAGUUUACUCAAAUGCGUAUUAAUUAUGUUUCCGUCUGAGCAAAUUCGACAAGCAAAACAGGAAGGGCGACCCAGAAGACGGGAAAGUACCGGCGAGAACGCCGAAGAGCGUUGGACCAGGAAAAAGCGGAGAUCGGAGGCUGGAGAGAAGAUAGCGAUAACGAGGAUCGGAAAUGCAGAAAAGUCUUGAUUCGAUGCGAUCUCGUCAGCGACUUCGCCAUCAAGGUGAGACGUGGUCCAGGAUCCAGGGAAGAUAUCGAGCGACAUUGGUGUAAACCGCGGGUGAGGUGCUGGCCCCACACCUGGCAGUC